CAGCGGAGCGCAGGUCGCGAAUUGGGACUGUCCGUUUAGCGUUUGUAAUAUAAAACAAGUUGUGGUCGUGAUAGAGUGAAUUUUAUUUAUCAGGUUGUUUUCAUUGCACAUUGUACACUGUGCGCUCCACGUUUCUAAGUCUUGCAACUUGAAAAAGUUACGUUUUCAGAGAUAUGGACCGACACAAGCCGUGGGAACAUAAGUGGCCCUUAAGCGCGUUGAAGCGUGCGUUCAUGUGUUUCAUUUAUGCGUUCAGUUACACCGAGAGCUACAAUUUGGAUGUUGGUCAUUCUCUUAAUUUCACUGGACCCAGUGGUUCAUUGUUUGGAUAUUCAGUUUUGCUUCACAAGCACGGAGCAGAUACGUGGGUGCUGGCAGGAGCGCCACUCGCAAACUCCAGCUUCGACAAGUCCACCAGCAGCCCUGGCAGAAUUUUUAAGUGCAAUAUAACCAAGGCCACACACUGUGAAGAGAUUGACAUAGGUAUCAUGACAGACAAGAAAUGUGGGAAGUACUGCCACGCUGAAACAGAUAAUCAGUGGCUGGGAGUGAGCCUCUCCCGGCAGAUGCCUGAUGGGCCUGUGCUGGCAUGUGGACAUCGUUGGAAAAACAUCUACUACUCCAUGCUGAAUCAGGAAUAUAAGAUGCCGCAAGGUGUAUGCUACAGACUGGAGGCGGAUUUGAUCACGUUCAAGCGUUUCAUUCCAUGCUACAACGACGACGUUCGGAAGUAUGUGGACGACACUGGGGCCUGCCAGGCUGGAAUAUCCAGCUUCCUGAUCGAGAACUUGAUUGUGAUGGGCGCUCCUGGGACUUCCUACUGGACCGGCAGCCUUUUGGUCUAUGACACGUCAAAGAACAACUUAUUGACCUUCUUGGAUGAAAACAAUGAAAUUUUGUUCGGAGGUUAUCUAGGGUACUCUGUUGGUGCUGGUCACUUCCGUCGGCCAGACAGUGUGGAGCUGGUGGGCGGGGCUCCGCAGAGUGGGCAGACUGGUAAAGCACACAUAUUUGAGAUUACAGGCGACAAACUCAAAAUCAUCUUUCUGGCCAGGGGGACCCAGCUGGGCGCGUAUUUCGGGGCGACCGUCUGUGCGGUUGACCUGAAUUCCGAUGGGCUAUCUGACCUGCUGGUGGGGGCUCCAAUGUACAGCACAGUACGAGAGGAAGGCCGUGUGCAUGUGUACAUAAACCGGGGAAAUGCGAAAAUGGAGGAGGCGAAGUUCGUAUUGGUGGGGACUCAGUCCUACGCGGCGCGCUUUGGAGAGAGCAUCACAGAUCUGGACGACCUGGACGAUGACGGCUACCCAGAUGUGGCCAUCGGGGCCCCCCAGGAGGACGAUCUGCGCGGGGCCAUUUACAUCUACAACGGGAGGAAGAAGGGCAUCACUCAGACCUUCUCUCAGCGCAUCACUGGAACUAUUUUGGGUAACCCCUUCAAGAUGUUCGGGCAGUCUGUAUCUGGAGGUAUCGACAUCGAUGGCAACGAUUACCCAGAUGUGGCAGUGGGGGCCUUCCUCUCAGAUUCAGUCGUGGUUCUGAGGACGAGGGCGGUGGUCAUCGUGGAGCCCUUCAUAUUCCUCCCUCCCAAUGUGAAUCGCAGCCAGCUGCUCUGCUCGGAGAACGGCCAGCCCGCCGUCUGUAUCGACGCCGUAGUGUGCUUCAUGGUCCAGAGCCGAAGGAUCUCCGGAAGGAUAGCACUGCUGUAUAACCUGACCACGGAUGUACACCACAUAGAGAGCACCUCUCGUUUUUACUUCCUGGGGAACGAAACCUCCAACACCACAACAGGACACGUCAAGACCAAACCCAGGGAGCUCACCUGUGUCACCCACAAAGCCUUCAUGCGGCGGGACGUGCGCGAUAUCUUCACCCCGAUCCAGUUUGAGAUGCAGUAUGAGCUGGGGGAGCACAGUGUGGGCGAGGAGGUCUCCCAGAGGUUCCCCGCCCUGAAGCCCGUACUGCAGCAGCGGGAGGAGGACAGCAUCGGGGUGGUCAACAGGACGGAGUUUGCCCGCUACUGUGCCUGGGUCAACUGUUCUACGAACCUGCAGGUUUUCGCACGUCUAGAAUUGCCACAGUCCUACAAUGGCAUGGCGUACUUCGCCCUGGGGGAGGGGAAGACCAUCAAGCUGCACGUGACGCUGGUGAACGAUGGGGACGACGCCUUCCUCACCACCCUGCAAGUGAGGUUCCCCAGCAACCUGUACUUCAUCAAGGUGGAGGACGCGGAAGAGAAGCACGUGAGCUGUGAGCUUACAGAGGAAGAUGUGGACACGAUGAGACUCAACUGCAGUGUUGGAUAUCUGUUCAUCAACUCUCUGGCAAAGCACGCUGUCACCUUUCUCCUGGAUGUGAACCAGAGCAGCAAUCCUGGGGAUCUCCACAUCACACUCAACACGACCUGUCAGAGCUAUGAAAAUGAAGACCUUCUCUAUGAUAACUUUGCCAGUGUAACGUUACCGUUGAGAUAUGGUGCCAAACUAACUGUCCAUGGGUUUGUUUCUCCGCCCACGUUCAUGCUAGAAAACGCAGCGUGGGCGGCGCGGUUUCCAGAGUGGGACAGUAGCGGAGCAGUGAAUCGUGAUCCUGAAAAACAGAAGAACGACGACUGCUUCACGGAGAAGUUCAAUUUCACCUACAGGGUUGUGAAUAUCGGGCCCAGCAAAGCUCUAGGUGUCAAAGCUGAAAUGGAUAUUCCAGAAACGCUAACACCAUAUCCGUACAGAUUGCUCAAUAUUUUGGAUGUGCAGACUUCUGUUGGGAACUGUUCAAUUCAAAAUUUCAAUAACGAGCUUAUCAACGACUGCGACGUGCCAACACCCGGCUACUUUGAGGAUGUGCUGUUUGUUUUCUCAAAUAGGACCAGACGACGGAUGUACUGCAUAGAUGGAGAUGAGCUGUGUGCGCACGUGACGUGUCACUUUGGGGACCUGGACAUCGGGACGGAGGCCACCGUUUGGAUUGAGGUGGAGCUCAACCCCACGGUGCUGCAGAUCAGCCCGGGGAGGCAGCCCAUAAUGGCGAUAGAGAGUGUGGCUGGGACAUCACUCCGAGAGGACCCGUAUAUCCUGGAUCUAACGCAGUCCCCCUUUGCAACAGCUUGUCUUGAGGGCCACUACAUCCAGAUGAAGAACAGGUUAGUUGUUCUCACGGCCAGCAUAGUGUUCGGAUUUGCAGUCCUCGGGGGGCUUAUCUGGUGUCUGCAGAAGUGUGGAUUCUUUAAGAGAUCGUCGCUCGAACUUUUUGAACGAAGACCCAGCUGGACCUACGAACCCACGUUUUGUGAAGUCUUAGAGGAGGAUCAUUUUCCUGAUCAUGAAGAGUUUUGAUAUCCACAAAGAUCCAGAGAAAGCACAAAGAACGCACGUGUGGACACUGAGGGAAGAGCAGAUCUGCUGGACCUUCUGAAGUGCAGGGUAAAAACAGUGAAAUGCAGAGCGUGGACAUUUUCCCCAACAACCACUGCCAUCUACUAUAAAACAGCACAUGCUCGAAACAGCAGUUUUCGCUCCUCUGACUGAAGGCAGAUUUUUUUCUGACAAUAAGUUUGUUUUUCUUUUGGCCUGUUAAAGGGACACAUAGGCUCUUAAUGUUUUCAUAAAAAAACAUUAAGAGGUUUGCUAGUUGCAGGUUUGCUGGUAGAAGUGAUGGUUACCGACAUUACAUAUGAAAUGCCAUCCUUGCAAGAGGCUGUUGCUGGAUGCAAUGCCGUACCUCUGUCACAAUGACGAAACCAGUUAAGACAACUGUAAAAUUCUGCAGCCAGACACAAUGCAAAAAAAAAAAAAAACAAAAACAAAAGCUUAUUUUUCUCACAAAUUUAUCUCACCACACAGGAUUUGUCCACAAAAUGCACAAAGACCUCAGACCUAAUCACACUGGAGUUUUCUGUCUGCUCCACGAAUGAGAUGCACUUUACCUGUUGAGCUGGAACACACAGAACUCAGCUAUCACCUCUUGAAGGGAUUCGAUGUUUUACCUCAUGAAACAUCAAGAUGGUGUUAAAUUGGGUUCUGUAACUUAGGAAUUUCAUAUUUAGAUAUUAACGCACAUAAUU